AUGCUCUACGGUUAUCCAGUAGACCGAAAUGCCGGCGAAGCCGUCGAAGAAUUACCAGACAAAGAAACCGAAUUCGUUUCUGCCAAAACCUUUCUGCAAACCGCCAGCACGGAAACGGGGGCGAACCUGUACGACCACCUCGCCGAGCUGCUGGACAAAAUCCUAGCCGAAAGACCACAAAAUGUGAUCGACCUCUUUGAAGACUACAGUCGCAAAGUCAAAGAGCAACGCUUCAAGCCUUCCACUGAUCAUUUGGAAGACAUCUACGUCUCGCCUGGAGCCUACGAGUUGGCAGAUAGAAUGUUGCGCGCCCUAAGACCUUUGCCCAACAAACCACCAUCAACCUUAGAUCCAGAUGAUUUGGAAACGUCCGACAUGUCCAAAAACAACUUGUUAGAAAUGCUGUUUUAUUUGGAACAAGCAGGCUUGGGCCUACCAAGACAUGAAAUGGCUUAUGUGAUGCUUUCAAUGCGCAGACUAGCAAACACCCAACCCAUUGCCUCAAUUAAGUUUUGGGGUAAAAUCCUAGGCCAACAUAACAACUAUUUGGUUGUUGAAACUGAACUCACUGAAGAGGAAUACACCAAACGGAACUCUGUAGAGGUAGACGAAACUGUUGUAAUAGUAGAAGACUUUGAAGAAGCUCAAGAAGUACGCGGAGAAGAUGACAAAAGGCCUGUAUUGCCUCCUUUACCCCAAAGCCAAUAUGAGGAGCCCAAAGAGCCUGCCAUAGAGCUGUCUGGGGUGGGCCUGAACAAGAAAACUUAUUUUGUUUGCACGGGCGUUGGGGCUGAUUGGGUAGAGCUACCUGAUGUAAUACCAAAACAGAUACGCGUAGCUCGACAAAUCUACAAAUCCUUCUCUGGCGAUUUGGACAAGGGCAUCUACACUUAUCCAGAAUUCCCCGGCACAGAAAGGAACUACUUGCGAGCUCAAAUUGCUAGGAUUUCGGCUGGCACUCGAGUUGCACCCUUAGGGUAUUAUACUUUUGGGAGUGAAGAGUUAGGAGAAGGUGCCGAAGAAGAAGAGCUUGAAGAAGAGGAACCAGGAGGUGUCAACAAAACCACCUACAAAAUUAAUCCGCGAUAUGAUCCUCCUGCUCUUAAAGACCUGCUGGACUCUUCAAUGAGCUUUUGGGUGCACACCGAGCCUUAUAUUCUACCUCAAGGUAGAACUUCUUGGUGGAAUCCUGGACCAGAAGAAGAUGAAGCGGCAGAGGACGAGCAACUAGGCGAAGAAGAGGAAGAGGAGGAUAAAAAACCAGUCAAAUACGAAGCAGAAACUGGUCCGGCAUUGCUUACUCCAUUGUCGGAAGACGCCUCGCUUGAAACCACAAACGCCUGGAGUCCAAGAACCACCUCGGAUGUCUUCGACAUGUACCCGCUAGCAAUGAUCCGCUCCAAUUUGUGGCCGGGCGGCUACGCCCUUUGCACCUUAACGAAAACCUUCUACAACAUUUACGUGGGCGUUGGCCUCAAGUACAUGCAGAGCAACUUUUCGCCGCACCCUUUGCCAGGGCCGAUGCAAGAGUACCUGCUGGGACCGGAGAUUUUAGAAGUGCCCGAUCCCAGCGGCAAGGACGAACAGGAUUGGAAGGAGGCGCACGCGCCCAAACCUGAAGAGGUACCAGUGGGCGAGGAGGAAGUCGAAGGAGAGCAGGAGGAAGUCGACGAGGAAGAGGAGGAAGAAGAUGAUUGAUUUGUAUUAUUAGAUUAUUGAAUUAAUAAAGUGUUUUGCAGCCGUCUACUCAUUGCUUUAAUCUUUAAUGAUGUUUGAGUCGCAUAAAAAAAAAGUGUUAAUGAAUAGUGGGAUCAAACUGCUAGAAUAAAUAGUACUCAUUAAAAUAGAAAAAAAGGUAAUAGAAAUAUGGGUCCGCC